AGGUUGUAAGCAUUGGCCGACUGAAAAUACAGUUAGCGGUCGCACUGUUAGUUCAACAUUGCACCACAUUGCGAGGACGUCCUCGCAUCCCCUUUCUUUUUCUGCGCUGUUUGUGUAUUUUAGGAAAUGGCUUUAUUGACCCCUCUCCUCGCGUUCCUCUACCACUUGCCGCUAGUGUAUAAGUGGCUGCUAAAACCGUAUUAUGUCUCGUCGCUUUUCAUGUCGAUAGCUUUCCUAGCAGUCCGCAAGACUCCAGGAAUCUGCGAUCAUCUUUCGACACAACGGGAGGAUGGCAAUCCUUGUGACUUUGACUGGAGAGAGGUGGAGGUCCUCAUGUUUCUCAGCGCCAUCGUCAUGAUGAAGAACAGGAGAGCCAUCACGGUGGAACAGCAUGUGGGGAACAUCAUCCUCUUCAGCAAGGUGGCCAACGUCAUUCUCUUCUUCCGACUAGACAUCCGUAUGGGCCUACUAUACCUCACCCUCUGCAUCGUACUCCUGAUGACUUGCAAGCCUCCUCUCUACAUAGGCCCUGAGUACAUCAAAUACUUCAGCGAUAAAACCAUAGAGGAUGAGUUGGAAAGAGAUAACCGUGUGACCUGGAUUGUAGAGUUCUUUGCCAACUGGUCCCCUGAGUGCCAGUCCUUCGCUUCUGUCUACGCAGAUCUGUCGCUCAAGUACAACUGUACCGGGCUGAAGUUUGGCAAGGUGGACAUCGGCCGAUAUGGAGACGUUUCUAAGACGUACAAGGUCAGCACCUCCCCCCUGUCCAAGCAGCUGCCCUCUCUGGUGCUCUUUCAGGGGGGGAAGGAAGUGAUGAGGCGCCCCCAGGUGGACAAGAAGGGAAGGGCUGUGUCCUGGACCUUCACUGAGGAGAACAUCAUCCGUGAGUUCAACCUGAACGAACUGUACCAGAAGUCCAAGAAGCUCUCAAAGAGCAAGGGUGACCAUGCCGACAAGCUGAGCGAAUCACAGUUCCCGCCUGUCCCCGAGGAGGAGGAGCCAGAGGCAGAGGUCGACGCCCAGGAGGAGACAGAAACCAAGAAGGACAAAUAGAAUCUCUUGGGGACCUGGGAGAAUGCGGUGACAUCACAAUGGGACUGGGUGGUGUUAUGCAAAUGCAGAGCGAGGCAGUAGAAGGCGUGUCGUUGAAAGGGAACAUCGUUGAUUGUGAUUUUGUUGUUUUCCUUAAUUCUUUUCAAUUUUGCAAUGAAUUUUUAGUUGCAAAACCAGUUUUGGUGAUUGUUAAUGCAUUAAUAUCUGUGAUAUGUUAAUAUAAACUAACUUAAAUUUUGCUUACUUCCAUUAGUUUAAAUGACAUUGUUUCACUACCAAGUCCCUGGAGCCUCAAAGCUCAGGUCUGCACUUCUACACCGAACCAUUCCUUUAUUUAAAACUAUUCAGCUUACUUGCUCUGUCAGGUAAACAAUAUCAAGUGCACCCAUCGACAUAUUAGAUGUGUAGAUGUAAUGGACCAAUGGCAGGCUUUGGCACAGAGGCACGUCAUGCCAGUCAAU